UGAGUGAAACGGGGAACUUAAUUUAACUCAUUGGCCGAGCACACGUUCCUCGGGAAAGGUCAGUGUUAGUUUUUGCGAAACAAUCAUCUACCGCCCUAAUCCGCAUCGUUUCAGACUGCAGUGAAGUGAAUAGCAGUUCAAAAGGUCCUUCCUGCUGAAGUGGUGUCGUAUACCGGUGAAAACGCGAAAACCACGUGUGUUUAUCUAGUUGAGCCUACUACGUUGCUCAUUUGUGCUGACAGAAGAAAGAACCUAUACGAUAAAGCCUACAUUAAUAUUGUUAUUAAAUUCUGCCGAGCAAUGGAUCAAACUAAGUUAAAAGAACUGGGUCUGCGACUAUUCGAAAUCAAUGCUUUCAAAUUCGGUGACUUCAAGAUGAAGGUGGGCAUCAAUUCACCAGUGUAUUUUGAUCUCCGGGUAAUCGUCAGUUAUCCCGAUGUUAUGGACACCUUGUCGGACUUGUUGACUGAGUUCAUCAAACAAAUCAAAGUCGAUACCGGGGUCCACCUGUGUGGAGUUCCGUAUACGGCGCUUCCGGUGGCUACGUUAAUUUCCAUCAAGGCUAAACAACCGAUGCUGAUCCGCCGCAAGGAAGCCAAAACCUACGGAACCAAGAAGCUAGUCGAAGGAAAGUUCAACGCCGGAGACAAGUGCCUUAUCAUUGAGGAUGUUGUCACAUCCGGUUCCAGCAUUUUGGAUACGGUCAGCGAUCUACGGUCGGAAGGUCUCGUCAUAACGGACGCCAUUGUAGUUGUCGAUCGAGAGCAAGGUGGCGUCCAGAAUACUGAGGAGAAAGGUGUACGAAUGCAUUCGCUCUUUACACUGUCCUACCUGCUGAACGUGCUGCUCGAGGCUGGUCGCAUAGAGGAAAAGACCGUACAGGCAGUGGCCAAGUACAUCGAGGGUGCCCAGAUCAAAAGCGAUGGCUCGUUUAUGAAGAAUGGCACCAAAAUUGUCAACGAGUUGAGCCGUGCCGGUAUGACGUUCGAAGCUCGCGCUGAUUUGGCCAAAUGCUCCCUUAGCAAAGAGUUGCUAAAAUUGAUGGCGAGCAAGAAGACUACUCUCUGUUUGGCUGCAGAUCUAACCAGAUCCGAAGACAUUCUGAAUUUGGUGGAAAAUGUUGGCCCCUACAUUUGUGUGCUGAAAACUCAUGUCGACAUCAUCGAGGAUUUCAGUGAAAACUUUGUGAAAUCUUUGCAGUCACUGUCCAAGAAACAUAACUUUUUGCUGAUGGAAGAUCGAAAAUUUGCAGACAUAGGAAAUACUGUUGCUCUGCAGUACAGCAGUGGUCCAUUCAAAAUAUCAAGCUGGGCAGAUUUGGUUACUGUUCAUUCGUUGCCGGGACAAGGUGUCCUUAAAGGUUUGAAAUCGGUGCUGACUGAUCCUAGCCAGCCAAGGGGAGUAUUUUUGCUGGCAGAGAUGAGCUCCCAAGGCAAUUUAGCCAAUGCACAGUACAGCACAGCAACGAUGAAGAUGGCCACCGAGGUGGACUCGGAUUUUGUCGCCGGCGUGGUAUGCCAGAGUGCAGAUUUGGUUGCCUUUCCUGGAUUGUUGCAACUGACACCCGGUGUCAAGCUCGAGGGCGGUGUUGACGACUUAGGUCAGAGCUACGAUAGCCCGGAGCAUGUUGUUAAGGAAAAGGGAGCCGAUAUUUGCGUAGUGGGACGAGGAAUCAUCACCGCCAAGAAUCAAGAAGACGCGGCUAAAAAAUAUCAAGAGCGACUGUGGGCGGCAUACUGCGAACGUGUCGGAAUCAGCGAGUGAUUCAAAUGCUGGCAAUCAAAACUACCUAAUUCCACUGUGAGUAUUACAUUUAUUUGAUGAGAUCCCAAUUUGAAAAAAAAACUGUUUUACCUUCUCCUGAUUCAAUUGUUAACCUGUAUUUACCAUUCCUAAUCAUUCCGCAAUUUUAAUUGGAUUAUUCUAAAUUUUUGUAAAAUACGAAAUAAAAUAUUUUUU